AUGAAGUCGGUUAUUGUCUGGUUGCCGUUGGCCACCGUGGCCCUUGGUGCUGCCAUUAAACGGGGCGAUAGCUAUGGAGGUGACUACAACAACUGUCACGGCGACGACUGUGGCAGCUGGCCCGGCAAGGGAGGUGAAUGGCCUGGCAAGGGAGGUGAAUGGCCCGGAAAAGGAGGUGAAUGGCCCGGCAAGCAUCCUCACUGGACGAAGACGCCUGAAUAUCCUUCUCCUCCUACUGAGUAUCCUUCUCCUACUGAGUACCCAUCUCCAACGGAGUAUCCAUCUCCAUCGGAAACGACUACGUGUGAGACUCCAGUGCCUACCUACUCUUCUCCCCCGGAGACUACUGAGUAUCCAUCGCCAACUUGGUCUACUGAGUACCCUUCUCCAACUGAGUCCACCGAGACUCCAGUGCCAACGUACCCUUCUCCAACUGAAUCCACGGAGACGCCAGUGCCAACUGAGUCCACUGAGACGCCAGUGCCAACCUACCCGUCUCCAACUGAAUCCACUGAGACGCCAGUGCCUACUUACCCGUCUCCAACUGAAUCCACGGAGACGCCAGUGCCAACUUACCCGUCGCCAACUGAAUCCACUGAGACGCCAGUGCCUACUUACCCGUCUCCAACUGAAUCCACCGAGACGCCAGUGCCAACUUACCCGUCGCCAACUGAAUCCACUGAGACGCCAGUGCCAACUUACCCGUCGCCAACUGAGUCCACCGAGACGCCAGUGCCAACCUACCCAUCUCCAACUGAGUCCACCGAGACGCCAGUGCCAACCUAUCCUACCUCAGGAACCGUGAACCCUACUGAGAGCACACCGGUGCCAACUUACCCGUCUCCAACUGAGUCUACCGAGACCCCAGUGCCAACCUAUCCUUCUCCAACAGGUUCGACUCUCACCAAUACCGUGACGGAGACAUACACCAGCAUUAGCUGCCCAGAGACUCCAGUCCCAACCGAGACUCCAGUUCCAACUGAGACUCCAGUUCCAACUGAGACGCCAGUUCCAACAGAGACGCCAGUUCCCACUGAGACGCCAGUUCCAACAGAGACGCCAGUUCCCACUGAGACGCCAGUUCCCACUGAGACUCCAGUUCCAACUGAGACUCCUGCUCCCACUGAGACUCCUGCUCCCACUGAGACUCCUGCUCCCACUGAGACUCCUGCUCCCACUGAGACUCCUGCUCCCACUGAGACUCCUGCUCCCACUGAGAGUCCUGCUCCCACUGAGACUCCAGCACCAACCAGCCCAACCCCAGUGCAACCACCAAUCUACACUGGUAUGGCUACCCGUACCAAGAACACCGGGCUCUCUGCCCUGAUGGCUAUCGGCGUUGCCAUGGUACUGGCAUGA